GUUGUGUCCUCUCUCCGCUGCUCUUCUCUCUCUACACGAACGACUGCACCUCAGCGAACCCGACUGUCAAACUCCUGAAGUUUGCAGAUGACACCACUGUCAUCGGCCUCAUCAAGGACGGUGACGAGUCUGCAUAUCGACAGGAAGCGGAGCGGCUGGAGCUGUGGUGCGGCCGACACAACCUGGAGCUGAACACGCUCAAGACUGUAGAGAUGAUCGUGGACUUCAGGAGGCAUCCUUCGCCACAGCUGCCCCUCACGCUGUCCAGCUGCCUUGUGUCAACCGUCGAGACCUUCAAGUUCCUGGGAAUUACAAUCUCCCAGGACCUGAAGUGGGCGACCAACAUCAACUCCGUCCUCAAAAAGGCCCAGCAGAGGAUGUACUUCCUGCGGCUUCUGAGAAAGCAUGGCCUGCCACCGGAGCUGCUGAGACAGUUCUACACAGCGGUCAUCGAAUCAGUCCUGUGUUCUUCCAUCACAGUCUGGUUUGGUGCUGCUACAAAAAAGGACAAACUCCGACUGCAACGGACAAUCAAAACUGCUGAAAGGAUUGUCGGUACCCCCCUACCCACCCUUGAGGACUUGCACGCUGCCAGAACUAAGACAAGGGCGUGCAAAAUCCUCUCGGACCCUCCCCACCCUGGUCACCAGCUCUUCCAGCUCCUUCCCUCAGACGUCAGUGAAAAAUAUCUUCGUCCUUGGCAGCAGGAGCCAGAGUCCCCUCACGUUAAAAAGGAGGAGGAAGAAGAGCACCCUCUCAUUAAAGAGGAAGCAGAGGAGCCCCAUCACAUUAAAAAGGAUCCAGAACCCCCCCUUAUGAAAGAGGAAGAGGAGGAGGAUCUCACAGGGUUACCAUCGUACUUUGACCCUUUGAAGAGUGAAGAUGAAGACAAGGGUCUGAGUGAGGCGAACAGAGGGGCGGAGCCUCCAAGCAGCAGCUCAGGUCAACCCACAGCAAUUGAAGGUGCUGGAGACCACUGUGGAGGAUCCCAGGCAGAUAGUGACAACAUAAUGUCACAAUCUCCUGACAUUGAUGAUGACCAUGAUGAGGAUGAUGAUGAGGAUUAUGAUGAUGUUGAUGAUGAGGAUUAUAAUUAUGACGAUGAUGAUGAUGAACUCUCUGAAGAUGAUAUGGCAUUUGACAACAAAGGCUGGAAAUGUUCUCUGUGUGGGAAAACAGGUAGAUCAAAGGCGCAUUUGAAAGUUCAUAUGAGACGACACACUGGAAAGAAACAUUUUAACUGCUCAGUUUGUGGCAAAGGCUUUUAUGAGAAGUCAGGUUUAACAACACAUGGAAGAACACACACUGGAGAGAAACCUUUUAUCUGCUCAGUUUGUGGCAAAAGCUUCUUUGGCAAGUCAAGUUUAACAUCCCACACAAGAACACACACUGGAGAGAAACCUUUUGUCUGUUCAGUUUGUGGCAAAAGCUAUUCUGUAAAGGCAAGUUUAACAACGCACACAAGAACACACACAGGGGAGAAACCUUUUAUCUGCUCAGUUUGUGGCAAAAGCUUCUAUGACAAGUCAACUUUUACAAAGCAUACAAAAACACACACAGGAGAGAAACCCUUUGCCUGCUCACUUUGUGGUCGAAGAUUCUCUCGCAAGGAACUUUUUAAAAGACACAAAAGAACACACACUGGAGAAAAACCCUUUCCAUGCUCAGUUUGUGGUAAAGGAUUCACUCAGAAGGGAAACUUAAAAAUACACACAAGAACGCACACUGGAGAGAAACCUUUUACCUGCUCAGUUUGCGGUGAAAGUUUCACUGUAAAGUCAAGUUUAAUAUCUCACACAAGAACACACACUAAAGAGAAACCUUUUGUCUGCUCAGUUUGUGGUCAAAGAUUCUCUCAAAAGGGUCAAUUAAGAAAACACAAAAACACACACUGAGGAAAAAAACAGUCGGAGUGUUUGUGCUAAAAGAUUUUUAUGGUUUUGUUAAGAGACAGAAGUGUGCUGGUGAGAAUAAAGAUUGUUGAAGCUUUUUAAAAACACUGAACACAAUAAUGAGUAACUGUGUAUAUGUGAUAUUGAAUAAAAUAUGACUGGCAAUUUUAUGACGACAUGAAGACAGGUGUGAAUGUGAGUGUGAAUGGUUGUUUGUCAAAAUGUACCCUGCAAAUAGCUUGCAAUCAGUUCAGAGUAUACCCUGUUUAUCGCCCGAAGUCAGCUGAGCUAGGCGCCAGCACACCUGCAACACUAGUGAGGAUAAGCUGCACAGAAAAUGGAUUGAUGACGUAAAGACGUUAAGCCAAUAAUUGUAUCGGUGACAGAAGAACCAUUGUGUUGACUACUCUAUCCUUGUUUAAGUGUUUAUUUCCAAUGUGAAUCAAACAAAAUGUAAAUUUGAUAAGGAGUAAGAAGCUGUGUUUAUAAAAUGAUCUUAAAUAAAAUCACUUGUUCAAUUGCCCUCCAUUACUCUGUGUGAAAAUUUUAAAAGAACAACAGAAAUAGGUCAAUUAUAACUAAAACAAAAAAAAGAGAAAAGCAAGUACUCCCGUGAUCUCUCAAGAGAUCCAGUUUUUAUACUUAAUCUUGAACUGCUUCAUGUUUGAAGCACAGUAAAUUAAAUUUGUUGUUUUCACUUUAGCCUUUUAUAUUUUUAAGUCAUACAAUAAGCUUAAAUGAUAUGUUUGCUCCCUCUGCCUCAACAUGUUCUGAAUAUUACCAGGCAGUUAAGUGGUUUGCGUUGAAUGUGAUUUUUGCCGUUUGAUGUUGUAUUUGAUCCAAGAAUUUGAACACAAUACAUGUGCAGAUCCCUAUAGCAAACUCUAUUGAAUAUCCUUUUUUCAUGUAAAAUAUGUAGUCUUUAUUGAAGUCGAGCAGUUGUUGGCCCAUAUCUCUUAUUAGGAGUAGAGAAUGUGAAGUGAUGUGUUUUCCAAAGACCUGUUUUGCUUGAGUUAUUUCACUUGCGGUCAGAAGUUAUGCUCAAUGCACACAUGCACUCAACAUGGGCAUGAAUGGCAAUGUUGGCCUUUUGGGGAUUUAUUUGGACCGGUCUUUUUCCUGGCUGCAUGUUAAAUAAAUUGUAGAAGUUAUCAUUUAUUUGCUUAUCUUGCAUUAGUAUUAUGGAUGAUUUUGAUGGUUGCUUGCUGACCGUGAGAGAAAGGAAGAUGUCUCGCCUUCAAGAAGAUGACUCAGCAGGAAUCAUCAGAGAGAAGGGCGCCUUGACCAAGGACGUGGCCGGGUGUUGGUCUUAUGUCUUCACCUUGAAACCCUCCACUUAGUGUGUUGUGUCUUGUAGCUUAGUAUGUUAUGUCUUGUAACUUAGAUACGUCCUCCUCAUGCAAAUAAAUACAGGAGCGACGGGAUAGAUUGUUUAGAGCGUGAUGGGAGGCUGUAAUCUGAACAAUCUCCCAUACGUCCUCCUCAUGAGCAAAAGAAACCAGCGUCUUCAUUCCUUUUGUGUCUAUUUUUAUAGGUGUUGGCCGAGAUAGAUCCAACACUGCAAUAAUCGUACAAGG